AUGGAAGACCCCGGCGUGACUGGAUGGAAAGAAGACCCUGGCGUGACUGAAUGGAUGGAAGACCCUGGAGUGACUGAAUGGAUGGAAGACCCUGGCAUGACUGAAUGGAUGGAAGACCCUGGCAUGACUGAAUGGAUGGAAGACCCUGGCUUGACUGGAUGGAUGGAAGACCCCGACAUGACUGGAUGGAAAGAAGACCCUGGCUUGACUGAAUGGAUGGAAGACCCUUGCGUGAAUGGAUGGAAAGAAGACCCUGGUGUGAAUGGAUGGAAAGAAGACCCUGGUAUGAUUGGAUGGAAAGAAGACCCUGGUGUGACUGGAUUGAAAGAAGACCCUGGUGUGACUGAUUGGAAAGAAGACCCUGGCGUGACUGAAUGGAUGGAAGACCCCGGCGUGACUGGAUGGAAAGAAGUUGGAGUGAUUGAAUGGAUGGAAGACCCUGGCGUGACUGAAUGGAUGGAAGACCCUGGCGUGACUGCAUUGAAAGAAGACCCUGGUGUGACUGAUUGGAAAGAAGACCCUGGCGUGACUGAAUGGAUGGAAGACCCCGGCGGGACUGGAUGGAAAGAAGACCCUGGAGUGACUGAAUGGAUGGAAGACCCUGGUGUGACUGAAUGGAUGGAAGACCCUGGCGUGACUGGAUGGAUGGAAGACCCCGACAUGACUGGAUGGAAAGAAGACCCUGGCUUGACUGAAUGGAUGGAAGACCCUUGCGUGACUGAAUGGAUGGAAGACCCUGGUGUGAAUGGAUGA